AUUCACUCCAAAUGGCUCCAAGGAAAGAGAAAGGGCAAAGCUCAAGCACUAGAGCAAUCAUCCCGGGCUACGAGGACAUCCUCUUCGUGGACAACGAACAACGCACACGCUUCAUGUCCACAAUUGAAAGGCAAGUCAAACCUUCCCGCUUUUUAUGCCUUCAUGCUCUAAAGGAAUUAGGAGUAUACAAAAUAAUGAAGAAAUUUUUUCAUGAGUUGCAUAUGGAUAAAAUUUUCAAAAUGCAAUACAACUCAAAUGAAAAAAUUAUCUAUGAAUUCCUAAGCUCGGUGCACUUUGAGAACAAUGAAGAGGACUUUAGGGAUGAUAAACUCAGGUUUCGAUUGUUUAAUCACAAUCACACCAUCACGAAACUUGAGUUUGCCGAACACUUUGGUAUUCCGGUCCCGUACCAAAAGUCUAUAUCCGACAAUACCGCCUUCGGCCACACCCUAUGGACCAAGAUGACCGGGGAGACCAAAUUUAGCUCCUCCCAACUCUACAUUAGUCAUGUCCAACAUCCAGUCCUACGCCUCUUUUUCAAAUUCCUUGCCAACUCCUUGCUUGGACGUCCCAACAACCAUCAUACAAGGAUGGGGGAUGUAUGCCUCAUCUCGGUAGACUUAUUCCGUAUCCACGUGGAUUUCAACCUCUGUAAUCUCACGUGGGCUCAUCUAAAGAAGGAAAGUGUGGCAAAAGGGUGCUAUCGUAGUGGGCGGGGUGAUUAUGCACUUGGCCACAAAGUUCGGGUAUACGGAUGACUCUCCUAUACCCGACUACUGUUUAAUGAACAUAUCUUGGCUGGGCCACUCGGGCUGUACAUCUUUUUCACACACCGUUUAUGGUGAAGAAAGGCCCAAAAAUAUGUACAACUGGCACAUCCACCCCAAACCCCUCAAAUACUUCCUCUUGCCCAACCCAGAACUCCCCCAACUCCACUUCAAAACAGGCAGACCGGAUCAACAUUACCUCUUCCCAAACGCUCUCCCACCACAUCUCCAAGAACCGGAACAGGAACCUCCCCAAAACCAACCCGAUGACGAGCCCUAUGAGCAACUCCAUAGCCAUCCAACCAUGAGCCAUGACUUCCCAGAACAAAGCCAAAACCCUCCACCACCCGACUACUGUUUAAUGAACAUAUCUUGGCUGGGCCACUCAGGCUGUACAUCUUUUUCACACACCGUUUAUGGUGAAGAAAGGCCCAAAAAUAUGUACAACUGGCACAUCCACCCCAAACCCCUCAAAUACUUCCUCUUGCCCAACCCAGAACUCCCCCAACUCCACUUCAAAACAGGCAGACCGGAUCAACAUUACCUCUUCCCAAACGCCCUCCCACCACAUCUCCAAGAACCGGAACAGGAACCUCCCCAAAACCAACCCGAUGACGAGCCUUAUGAGCAACUCCAUAGCCAUCCAACCAUGAGCCAUGACUUCCCAGAACAAAGCCAAAACCCUCCACCACCCGACUUCUUUCAACAACUUCUGGAGGGUCAACAACAACUUCUUACGGGAAUAGCCCAAAUGGACAACCGGCUCAAUCGAUUAGAGGAAGAGCAAAGAGCCGGUUUUCAAAGAUUGGAGGAUGAGCAAAGGGCCGGCUUUCAACGUUUGGAGGAGCUCCGGGAGGCCGAUAGACACCGGUAUGAGGAAGACCAACAUAGGUUCUACGGGCUUAUGUACUCAUUUAUGGCACAGCAGGGAUCCUUCCAUACCAUGGCGAACCCUCCUCCACCACCCUCAUGGUAUGACCCCACUCAUUGGGGUAACUUUGGAGGAUCUGGCUCCGGUGGUGGAGGGUACGACGGCGGAGAUGGCGGGGACACUUACAUGGGAGAUGGUGGCCAAGGGAGCGGCUUUGGAGGGAGCUACUACGGAGGAGAAGGUGGGCACUAGGGACAAUGCUUGAUUCAAGUGCGGGGGAGACACUCAUGAUGUGACUCAACCGGAGGUGGAAGCUCAAAUCCCAACCCCACCACCGGUCAUUCCCG